AUGCGGAUUCUGACCAAGACGCUUGCACGGAAGGCUCAAGACGAACCGCAUGGCCGCGGCAAGCGCAAGCAGUCGCGAACGGACAUGGAAAUGGCAUGCUGGCUCAUCUUGGGCAAAGGCAAGAUGCCCCGGGUUGCACCGACGGCAUUUGCCUCCGUCUUGGACGACACGUUGCACUUCUUAGCGUAUCUCCCGACGGACACGGCCGCUGCGAUUGCUGAGAUUGAAAAGCUCCGCCUACUCGAGCCCGACGACUUUUGCGCUCCGUCGACGGUGACUCAACGACCAACGAUCGACUGCGCCCAUAAAGCACUCGAUCACGCGAUCACUUGGAUCUCUGCCCUUCCAGUCGAGACCCUCGACGCUCGCCUCGUACUCCAGGCGCUGCGCUACAAGAUCCCAGAGCACGCCCGUGUUCUCUGUCUCGUGUAG